UCGGGAGUUCGUAGGUUCACAUAACUAGUUUUUUUAGUUCAUGGUUAUCGAUCUCUUACGGUAAUGUGAGCAUAGGGAAAACUUUAACUGUCGUCUAAAAGUGGCUACCGCUUGUGCUUGUUUGUGGGUUGCAUUUGCCUCUCGUCUCAUACCGUUAUAGGAUCGUUCUGUAGUGUAAGUUGUUGCCAACAACAGAAAUGCUUCUAGAGUGGAUGACAGCAUUGAUAGCAGGCUUAGUUGCCUUUCACUUCAUCCAAAAGCAUACAUUUCCGUAUUUUUGGAAAGACUUUUUUUAUUUAACGAAGGUCGCGAGGUGCGGUGUAAUCCUAGAGUUAUACAAGAAGACAUCGAAAGUCUUCACUGUGAUGGACAAGUUCAUGCAACAAGCCGAGAAGAUCCCCAACAAGCCGUUUAUCAUCUACGAAGGAGACGUUUACACGUACAAAUAUGUGAAUUCAAGAAGCAACAAAGUGGCUCAAGUAUUCAAGACUCUGGGAAUCGUGAAGAAGGGAGAUACCGUAGCCCUUUUAAUGAACAAUGAGCCCGAUUUUAUCUCUGUGUGGUUCGGAUUCUGCAAACUGGGAUGUGCCGUGGCUUUUCUGAACACCAACUUAAAAUCUAAAUCGCUUCUGCAUUGUUUCAUCAGCUGUGGAGCUAAGGUUCUCGUUGUUGGGGCAGACUUGAUAGACAAGUUGGAUGACAUACUUCCAAAUCUACAGGAAGAUCAUAUUAGCAUUUGGGUGUUGGCGAGAGAGAGCCAGAGGCCUGGAGUGGAAACCUUGCUGGACAAGGUAGACAUUGCCCCAGAUGGACCAGUUCCAGCACAUCUCCGUGCUGCUUCUUCUGUGAAGUCACCUACAUUGUAUAUUUUUACUUCAGGUACCACAGGACUCCCGAAGGCAGCUGUUAUUACCCACCUUCAAUCACUAAAGGCAUGUGCAGGAUUUUGGGCUUAUGGUGCUACUAAGGAUGACAUCAUAUACAUUCCCCUUCCACUGUAUCACAGUGCAGCAUCUCUUCUUGGCAUUGGUGGGACCAUAGAAUUGGGAGCUACAUGCAUCCUGAAGAAGAAAUUCUCAGCUUCUCAGUUCUGGAGUGACUGUAAGAAGUACAAUGUAACCUUGUUCCAGUAUAUUGGAGAGCUCUGUCGCUAUCUGUGCAAUCAGCCUAAGAAAGAAGGUGAGAAAGACCACAAAGUUCGCAUGGCUGUUGGGAAUGGAAUGCGGCAGGAUAUUUGGGAGGAGUUUCUUGAUCGCUUUGGGAACAUUAAGAUGUGUGAGCUAUAUGGUUCAACUGAAGGAAAUGUUUGCUUUAUGAACCACACUGGGAAAAUAGGAGCUAUUGGUCGUUCCAAUUUCUUUUACAAGUUGUUUUUUCAGUACGAAUUGGUGAAGUAUGAUCUAGAGAAUGAUGAACCUGUACGAAAUGAGCAGGGCUUUUGUGAACAUGUCAAGAACGGUGAGACUGGACUCCUCCUGUCCCAGAUAAACUCAAAAAGCCCAUUUUUUGGUUAUGUUGGCAACAAGAAUCUCACAGAAAAAAAGCUGCUAAGGGAUGUCUUCAGGAAAGGAGACGUCUAUUUUAACACUGGAGACCUGUUGGCAGAGGACCAUGAAAACUUCAUUUACUUCAAAGACAGAAUUGGAGACACAUUCCGCUGGAAAGGAGAAAAUGUUGCGACUAUUGAAGUAGCUGACUUUCUUGGAUGGAUGGACUUUAUACAAGAGGCAAAUGUGUAUGGUGUUGAAGUUCCAGGUCAUGAAGGCAAAACAGGAAUGGCAGCUAUCAUUUUAAGGCCUGGCUUCAGUUUUGAUGGGGGAAGGCUGUACGAACACGUAGUGAAACACUUACCAAACUAUGCUCGACCACGGUUCAUUAGAAUUCAGGAGUUAAUGGAGGUGACUGGGACUUUGAAACAACAGAAGUUUCGAUUAGUGCAGAGUGGAUACAAUCCUUCAAGUGUAACAGACCCACUAUAUUUCUUAGACGAGUCUAAGAAAUGUUAUGUUGCUCUAACUCAAACCAUCUUUGACUGCAUCGUUUCUGGGCAGAUGAAGCUAUAACUGCUAUAGAUGUGACAUCACAAUAACAGUAAUACUGGCACAAGACUUUAAGCAUUUUAAUGUAAAAUGCAACAUUACACCGGCAUUUCUAAUAUGCUAUGUAAUUGUAUAUUUUGGGAACAAAGAAAACUGCUCACAAUUAGAUUCCCUUUAAAUAAUUUAUGGUUGCCUUCUGUGUGAGCAUUUUACAUAGACAAUUCAGGUUAAUUAUACAUGACUCUGACAUAGUAAAAGUAAUAAUGUCUUUAGCGACCUUAAGUUGAUGAACACUGAGGGAGUUCAAAUUUCCACAUUGGACAGACUGAGAGAUUGUAAUCAGAUUUUAAUGUUAGGUUAUAGGCUUCAUUUUGGUGUCUGCUUUCAGCAUUUCCAGCUCUACUGUUGGAGGGUUCUGUGUGCUUUACAAACCCUGAUUCAUUCGAGCAAGACGUAAAAGUUCUCUGUUGUCAUCUUUGUUACUAAUACUCCUAGUGGCUUCAUUGUGGAAGUUUUGUUUCUUUUGUUUUUGAUUAUUUUGGAUUUUGAUAUUACUAAUCUCAGUUUCCUUGACUAUGAACCACAGACAACACCAAAUAUCUGGAAGUUAUGACCUUAAUGAGAGUGAUUUAAAGACAAAAUAUUAAGUAUAGGCAAAUAAAUAAUUGGAAUGUUGUAGUAACAGGAGCUGCCUUUUCAUCUUUUGGUGGUUGCCAAACAUUAUCAUUGUGUUCAGUAUGGGAAAUAACAUUAUAGGUAUUAGAAAUUGAAUUGGAAAGUAUCCUGCACUUUUGAUAGGAACUAUAUUGGUUGAAAUUCUAAGUCAGAAUGUAUUCAUGAAAUUCAAGAAAUUAGUAUGGAAAAAACCCUGAAGUCAGGAGCCAUCUCCACCCCUACUCAUAUCACAUUUAUUAUAUAAAGGGAUCAUUUUAACAUCACUACACAAGUAACUGUAUUACAUUGAACCUUUCCAAGGGUAAAUUCAGUAAUCUGGGAAGUUAUGUUUAUAGUAUUUUUAGGAAGAAAGAUAAAUAUUGGAUGUAGAUUAUUUCCAUGAAUUUCUGGAGUGUGUUAAGCCACGGACAGAUGUUUAUAUGUGCUACUUUGCACAUAUUUUAGAGUUUUUUAAGUUUAAAAAGUUUCAUGUUUUAUUUUACUUUGCCUUCUAACUGGUUAUGACGGUUACCCUGACUCAUGAUUGUAGAAUCCAAAUUUGCACAUGGUUGUAUUCUCUUGCAAUAAACAGUUACGGGUAGUAUGAUAAAUGCCAAACAUUUUAGAGAUAGAUUUUAGGCAUACUAAAGUUUCCACACUCACAUCAUAAAUAACUAGGAUUUUUAUGUAUUUAAAUUGAAAUGCUCUAGGCAUUGCGUGUUCAUCCAAAUAGAGUUUUUGGUACUAUGAUCAUGAGAAGGAAUAUAGCAUUAGAGCUCAUAAAAUCCAUACCCUAAAAAAAUACCCAGUGAUCAGUCAUACUGUAUAAAUGAUCAGGAAGUGUGUUGUGGUAUACGUACAUGUGUAUGUUAAUUAUAAAUAUACAUAAUGCCCCUUAAUUCCAUCUUCUGCUCUUCCAGAUUAUGUUUCCGCACAUUUACUGACAGGCCUGUACUUAAGAUUAAUUACAGUAGGUGUUUAAUUGAUAUGAGCCAAAAGACCUGUGGAGGCCAGAACAGCAGGAUAAACAGUCCUCUAUGGGUUUGUGAUGGGUGUUUUUUUCUCAGAAUCAGCAUACCCAAAAACCAUUAAGUUUCUCAUCUCUUUACUUUCAUAUUUGGUUCGUAAUUAUGGUUAAAGGACUAGAUAAAACACAUUUACAGGUAUGUUGUUAUGUAAAGAAAAUGUUUCUGUGUUUUUAGUAGUGAAAUACGGCUGUUUUCAAUUACUAUGGUCCCCAAUUGAAAUUCUGCAUGUCAGCCAUUGCACUGCUAUUGCAGCUCAAUUCUCUAUACCCUUCAUUAUGUUUGACCAGUAAAAAAGGUGAAAUGGUAUAGCAGCAUACAUCAGUGUUAAAAUCUUCAUUUUAUCUCAUAGUCCUACCUUCUUAGGAUUUACUCAGGGUAAUAGUCUGCAGUGGACUAAAUAUUGGGUUGCUAAAGCAGUAGAUGUCAAAUACUUCACUUUUUUUUGAGAAAAGAAAACAAAUGAUAUCUUUACACAACAAAGCCAAUGUACCAUUGUGAAUUAUUUUCUUAAUAUAUUGUGUUGUGCUUAUAAUCUUAUCUGUCUUGUAAUUAGUUUGUAUAUGUAAACAAGUACAGUACAUGACUGGGAUGUGUGUAAUCAGUGUUCAUAUGAGGAAAAAAUGGGCUUUCCAACUACAAUCCACAUGAUUCAUGAGUAAAUCAGGUGUACGAAUGUGCCAAUUUAAUAUUUUAAAUUUGAUCUUGUCUGACAACAGUUUGCAUUCCCAUGUCAAACACUGAAAGAAAUGUAAUGGAUGUUUAAAAAAUAUUUUGACUCACAAUACAUGCUAAACUAAGAGAUUCAGUAUUGUAAUGCAGUUAUUUUGUAAUUAACAGAAGUUAAGUCAGUCAACUUCUACUGUAAUUAAUUUGGGCAUGUCUGACUUUUGACUUGUAGAACUCCAGGGCCUCUUCAAGCUACAAAGAUAGCAUUUCCAUAUUCCCUCCUUAUUGUCUUUAUUAUAUUCUUAAACCUUCCAAUGUAUCUUACCAGAAGCUUUAAAAACUAUAGUCUUAAAAUCUGUUUAGCUAAAGGAGAAUCAUUUGAACUCUAGUUGUACACUGGAAAUCUAUCUACAAACUUCAUUUGAUAAUUUUUCUUCUUAACAAAUCAUUAACCUACAUUCCAUUUGAUAUGUCAAAAGGGGCGAUAAUUGAUCCUUUGAUAAUGUUGUAAGGCUAUGAACAAUAAUAUUAAAAAUAAUA